AUACCAUAUUUUACAGCAAAAAAAAAAAAAAACCAAAAUCUUUUCUUUUGUUUGUUAAGAGAAAUCCAAUCAUGAAGCGUGGAGUUUCGGUGGUGAGUUUCGUGGUGGUGCUUUGCAUGGUCCUGAUGACGGCCAGGCAAGCCCAAGCCGCAAUCAACUGCGGCCAAGUCACCGGAGCUCUGGCUCCUUGCCUAUCCUACCUAAUCGGAAGCGGAGGGACCCCGACCGCCGGAUGUUGCGCCGGAGUGAGGCGUCUGCAGUCCCUGGCCGCCACCCAAGCCGACCGCCGGACGGCGUGCAACUGUGUCAAAUCCGCCGCCUCCGGCUACAGCAACCUCAGGCCUGACAGGGCUUCCGGUCUUCCCGGAAAAUGCGGAGUCAAAUUCAAUUUCAACAUCUCCCCCUCCACCAACUGCAACAGCAUUCCAUGAAGAGUUUUCCUACAGAGAGAUCAUAUAUGAAUAAUGGGCACAAACAUUUCGGGCUAUAGUUGCGGAUUUUUUUUAACAUUAUUAUAUGUUAUUAAUUAGCAGUUAUGGUUUUGAUGUUUGUGUUCUUUAAUUUCUUGGCGUUGUACUAAUUAAGUUGAGUUGCGCCCUAUGGGCCUUUCUUCACUUAAUAAUCGACACUUUUUUCAUAUACUCCUACGUUAUUAUUUAUAGUCA